AUGAAGUUCAUCGGAACCGCUGCCUUCGUCCUGACCAUGGGCUGCGCCAUGGCCAACAAGCUUGGUGCCUCUCCUGCCAUGGACGGCGCUAAGUCCCAGUGUGGCUCUGGCUCUAUCUCUUGCUGUGACUCCACGGAGAACAUUAGCGCCGAUGGUAUCCUCGGUAAUCUCCUUGCUGGCGGUCUGUUGAACGGAUUGCUCGGCAACUCCAACUCUGCUUGUGCUAGCACCAGCCUCAUUGAUGAGUUGAACUUGCUUGCCCAGGUCAAGAACACCAAGACCGGACCCGUCUGCAAGAACAUCAUUGCUUGCUGCCCAGAGGGAACCAAGGAGUGCAUCGCCGUCGACAACUCUGGAAACUAG